UCCCAGCCGCUGCGGCGCUCCGCGGAGGAGGGGACGACGGAGCCGGGCCGCCGCCGUUGAGAGGGGUCGCCGGCCGCCGCCCGCCCCCUCGGCCGUCGCCUGCGAGGUCGAUCCUCCUGCGGGGUCUCCGCUGUCUCCUGCCGUCGCCGCCAGCGCCUCCCGAUCGCCGCGAUGGGGCUCCUGGACUCAGAGCCGGGCAGCGUCCUGAGCGUGGUGUCCACGGCGCUCAACGACACGGUGGAGUUCUACCGCUGGACCUGGUCCAUCGCAGAUAAACGUGUGGAAAAUUGGCCUUUGAUGCAGUCUCCGUGGCCCACCCUGAGCAUAAGCACCCUCUAUCUGCUGUUUGUGUGGCUGGGUCCAAAAUGGAUGAAGGACCGAGAGCCUUUUCAGAUGCGUUUAGUGCUUAUUUUCUAUAAUUUCGGGAUGGUUUUGCUUAACCUUUUUAUCUUCAGAGAGUUAUUCAUGGGGUCCUAUAAUGCAGGAUAUAGCUAUAUUUGCCAGAGUGUGGAUUAUUCUAAUGAUGUUAACGAAGUCAGGAUAGCUGCUGCUCUGUGGUGGUAUUUUGUAUCUAAAGGAGUGGAAUAUUUGGACACAGUGUUUUUUAUCCUGAGGAAGAAAAACAACCAAGUCUCUUUCCUGCACGUGUAUCACCACUGUACAAUGUUCACCUUGUGGUGGAUCGGAAUCAAGUGGGUUGCAGGGGGACAAGCGUUCUUCGGCGCCCAGCUGAACUCCUUCAUCCACGUGGUCAUGUACUCCUACUACGGGCUGACGGCCUUCGGCCCCUGGAUCCAGAAAUAUCUCUGGUGGAAACGGUACCUGACCAUGCUGCAGCUGGUCCAGUUCCACGUCACCAUUGGGCACACAGCGCUGUCUCUUUACACCGACUGCCCGUUCCCCAAGUGGAUGCACUGGGCACUCAUCGCCUAUGCGAUCAGCUUCAUAUUCCUCUUCCUUAACUUCUACGUUCGGACGUACAAAGAGCCAAAGAAAUCCAAAACUGGAAAAACAGCUGUGAAUGGUUUUUCUGCAAAUGGUGUGAACAAGUCAGAAAAACAGCAGAAAAAUGGAAAAGCAAAAGGAGAGUAAAUUGAACUGGGCAUUAAACCGUUGUUGAUGGUGAGGAAACUCCCAUGUCACAUAAAAUUUCAGGGAAAACAGAGGCAAAGGAGGCUUGAGGGUGGGGAGAAAAGGCAAAUGUGCUCCACGCACUGGUAUCCUUUAGACUGAGCAAAGUGUUAUACACGAUACCCAGAGGUUUUAUUUAUGAAGUUUUUAUUUUAAGCAUUUUUUAAAUUAGCCUUGAUGUUGUUCAGACCAAAGCAAUCAUUAUGUGACUUUGGAGACUUUCCCCCCGUUCACAUCCACUUGUCUGAAGGACGAGAUUUUUUUUAUGUAUCUUUUAUUCACUCAUUCUUCAGUCUGAAUUUUAGAUGAUCACAGAAACAUAGUCUUUAUGGAUUUUUUGAUGAAUUACUAAUUACUACUGAUGGAAAUCAGUUACCUUCUGUUUUCUUGUCCCAACCUGGAAAUGUGGAUACAUUUAAAUUUGUGCAUUCGAAUUCAUUUGCAGACCAGAAUGGUCAGAUCUCUCCACCGCUAGUCAGAAUAUACCAUUUUGGUUUCAAUUACAUUUUUAAAAUCUGCUGAUCUCUGUAGAAUCGUAGAGGCUUGAUGAUGAUGGUGUUGGUGAAAAUAAGAAAGAAUUAGAGUAAAAUCCUGGAUGGUAACUCAAAGGUCACCAUGACUUGAGGCACAAAUCACUGUGGGGAAACAAUUUUUGUGAUGAAAAGGCAGCCUUGGAAUACUCCUAUUGCUAGCAGAAAUGUAUUAUGAAAAUUAAGAUUAUUGUCUGAUUGAAACAUGAAACAACUCAUGUAUUAGUAACAUCAUAAGAUAGUUACAUUUAUGUGCUGUUAGAAGAGAGUAUGUUGAUUUUUAUCAGGCUUUCCUUGUUUUGAUUUGUGGCUGUUACUGAUUUUUCAUAUGUGGAAAAAUACCUACCUCUUCUGUUGGAAAGAACAAUUAAAAUUAAAUAAAUUUUAAUGAAAAAAUCAAGGAGUCCUCUAAUGUAAAUUUUAAUAUUAGCUUUCAAAUCCACUAGUUUGUUUUCUUUUAAACAAAUGGCAUACACCAGACAUUUCUGUGAAACUAUCCUCUUUCAAUGUGUUUAAUUUUGGAGUGACAUUUUCCUUGUGACUAAGUUGCAAGACCUUAUUAUUUAUUAACUAGAUACAAAGUGUGAACCCACUUUGGUGCAAUAUUUCUGACUCCUUGGUGCUAAAGGUUGUUAAAUUCAGUUCUUGGUGUGACAAGGUGUUAAUUGUUAAAACACGAAAUGAGUAAAAGGGACAAUAGAACUAUAAAAAUUAAAUUUGCUAUUUACAAAUGAAGUAUUUCAUGUAACAUAAAUGAACAUCUGGAAAUAAAGUAGGAAGGAGAACAUGUACCACGUUUUAUUACAUAGGUUACUUUGUGAGGGGAUGUCACACAGGGAUCAUUAUAGAAAGAGAAAAUGUGACAAAAAAAAGCAUGACUAUUACUAAGUAUCUCAACAAGAUGUCAAAGCUGCAUGUGUAGGAUGUAUGCUGUUUGUACAGGAAAACUAUUCCAGAAUAUUUUGUAAACUAUAAAAUAUUUAUUGUGCACUCAAAUGAUAUACUUUUUCCCCAAAGGCAUGCAGUCAUGAGAAUUACAGAAAAUUUGCAACACAUACAGUAGUUUGGUCUGAGAGGAUUCAGCACCUUUGUUUCUGCUGCUCAGUGUGUAAUGACUAGAGAUUUGUAAAUCUUUGUGAACAUUCUGUACUGGUUCCCAAGAGAUACUCAUUCCCUGCUACCUGAUUUCAGCACAAUAAAUAUACUACUGCUGUGGGAAAAAU